AUGACCUCAGCGGCUGCGGCUGCGGCUGAGGCUGUCCAGCCCACUCGACUCCCGCACUGGCGCCUCAUCAUCGACCAAGGUAUACUCACUCCAGAGAUCCUCGACUAUCCAUACCUUGGCUCGGGAACCGAAGAUGACCCAUACAUUGUCACCUGGAUCCCGGAUGAUCCCCGAAACCCAAUGAACACUCCGACAAAAACCAAAUGGUUCUAUACAAUAUCCAUGGCCUGGGCAACCUUGGCAGUAUCCAUGGAGUCGUCCGCUUUCACUGGGGGAAUAGAACAGAUCAUGGAAGCCUUUGAGGUCGGCACGACGGUGGCCACGCUGGGGGUCUCUCUGUUCGUUGUUGGGUUUGCCAUCGGACCUCUGCUCUGGGCCCCCAUGAGUGAGCUCUGGGGCCGACAGUACCUCUUUGCCAUCAGCUACUGUGGGCUGACCGUGUUUAACGCCGCCGCUACUGGGUCCAAGAAUAUCCAGUCCCUGAUCAUCUUCCGCUUCCUGGCCGGUGCGUUUGGCUCGUCCCCUCUCACCAAUGCCGGCGGGGUGAUCGCGGACCUCUUCCCCGCAACCCAGCGGGGCCUGGCCAUGAGUAUUUUCGCCUGUGCCCCGUUUCUGGGGCCAGUGUUGGGGCCGAUCAGCGGCGGGUUCCUCGGGAUGAAUGCGGGAUGGCAGUGGGUGAUGGGUUUCCUGGCCAUCUUCUCGGGCACUCUCUGGGUCUUCUGUUGUUUGAGUGUCCCCGAAACAUACGCUCCGGUUCUUCUGCGACAGCGAGCCGUAAAGCUUUCCCAGGUCACCGGCCAGAUCUACAAAAGCAAGCUGGACGCGGAGCAAGGCAAGCAGACGGUCACGCAGGCAUUCAAGAUCGCCCUCUCGCGCCCCUGGAUUCUUCUCUUUCGUGAACCUAUUGUUUUUUUGCUUUCGAUCUACAUGGCUAUUAUCUACGGGACUCUCUUCAUGAUGUUCGCGGCAUUCCCCAUCGUGUACCGACAGCAGCGCCAAUGGAACCAAGGUGUGUCGGGCCUGGCGUUUCUAGGAAUUAUGGUGGGGAUGGUCAUUGCCUUGAUGUACACCAUCUACGACAACAAGCGCUAUCUCCGGACAGCGGCGGCUCACAAUGGAUUUGCACCCCCCGAAACACGCCUCAUACCAUGCAUGCUGGCGGCCAUUGCUAUUCCAACUGGUCUCUUUUGGUUUGCAUGGACAAAUGGGCCAUCAGUGCAUUGGAUGGCUAGUAUUGCCGGCUGUGCUCCAUUUGGCUUUGGCAUGGUCUUGGUCUUCCUAGGGCUGAUGAACUAUCUGAUUGACGCGUACACCAUUUUUGCGGCCUCGGUGUUGGCGGCCAGUGCUGUUUUGCGCUCUAUAUUCGGUGCCGCUUUCCCUCUAUUUACCCCAUACAUGUACAAGAACCUGGGGGUCCACUGGGCCUCGAGCAUUCCGGCGUUCCUGGCUGCCGCCUGCAUGCCAUUCCCGUUCCUGUUUUACAAGUACGGGCCAGCCAUCCGGAAACGGUGCAAGUUUUCCGCACAAUCCGACGCCUUCAUGAAAAAACUGAUGGAAGUGGCUACCAAGCCCCCCCGCCCGAUCGACAAUCCCGAGGAAGAGGUAGUCACUUCCACUACUGGAAAUGAGACGCCGUCGAGCCAAACUUCAGUGUCUCCCCAGUCAGCGCUGGAUGUAAGCGCAGACAAUGGGGCCUCCUUGCGGGCUAGCAUGGACCGGAGACGCUCGAGAGAUUCAGAACAGUUCCGGCGGGCUGAAUCUGCCAACGCUCAGCCCACUGAGGACAGUCACUAG